AUGGGUGCUCCUUCCAGUUUUGCCGUAAAAUCUAAAAAGAAGAAUUUGCUAUCCAAGAUUUACACCAUCAAGCGCAAUAACUUGAAGACCAGGAAAAUUGCUGCUCGAUACAGAAAAAUUCGGCGUGGGUUCCCGAGACGUCAUCAGAAGAAGUACUAUCGACACCGGAAAUUCUGGAAAGACAACAUGAGUUUGAGACGUGUGAAGCGAUACGUGCAACCGGUCGGCAACAUCCUCAGCAAGAUCACCGAGAUUCUGAAGAUUGCCAAGAAGAAGCCGCUGCAGGAGAAGAGCUGGCAAGAGCAGGUGGCAGAAAUUCGAUCGGCAGGAGUCAGGUUGAAACAGAAGCAGCAGAAGAGAGAAAAAUUCAACAAGCGCCUCAACUACCUGCACGAGAUGAUCGGCGAGAUGCAGAACGAGGUGAUGCAGCCGUUGGAGCUGAUGGGCCUACUCGACGAGGAGAGCGCCAAGCAGUUCGAGGCGUCGCAGAUUGACGAUGUUGUUCCGGGGACGAGCGACUACGGUGGACGCUACAAGGACCUUCCCUUCGGCACCACUGAACGUCCGGGAGAUUUUCACGACUCGGAAAUGUUGGCGUCACCUGUUCGACUUGUUCGUGAUGGGAUUAAACUCCUGAUGUCGAUGGCGGGAAAAGAUACAACCCAAUUCGACCGCCAGAAUCUGAAGCUAUUCUCCCCGAAGCUGCUUGAAUUAUCGCCUGAUGAGAAGAGGGAUGAGGUGGCCGUCUUCUCACCAAAGCUCUUCUCCAUGCACAACCAAAGCUCCGAUCCGAUCGAGCGGGCUUUGAGCGUACAGAAUCUCCUCUCCACCGCCAAGUACAAUCAACACCAAAAGUUGCUAGACUUCAUCCUGGAGGCGUCCGGGGUCAGCGACGUCAUUGGGACGAUGGCGAACAUGGAGAAGAUCGAGGACACCAAGGAGUUCGGGCGGCUUGACCCACGUGCUUUGGGAAAUCCAGCACUGGCCGAAGAACUUCACGAAGACGAAAUCAUUGCCAAGGGAGUGGAUAUGGAUAGCCUAAUAAACGCCGUCGACGACACCAAGCAGUUCAAAAUUCCGGGAGAAAACGGAAGUGAGAUCCACAUCUCAAAAGCCGAGAUCAGGAGGUUUUACGGGGAGCUCGAGGUGAAGAAGGUCAUACUGUUCGAGAUACUUCAUCACUCCUUCACGAAGAAACAGAUGGAAGACUUCCAAGACCGAGGCCGCUCCACCCUCACCUCAAACCAACGACGUCUUCUAUACGGUCACGGCAGCCCAUAUCAAAAUAUAGAAGCUCUGGAGGCCAUGGAUCGUGUUGAGGAGCAUGAGGUCGAAAAAUUCCUGGAGCGUACAGUACACGACUUGGCAAUUGACGGUCGGAAAAUGACGGUCAGACAUGGAAAAAUGGCGAUUGAAAAUGGGACGAAGUCUGAUGUGGCUGAAGAGGUGGCGAAGGAGUCGGGGACGUUCCUGGUCUGCGCUGAACUUGCUGAUGAUGGGUGCAAGACGCAUGAUGUGUCACUCACUUUCCUCAAACUGCUGCCGCCACAUCGUCCAUGCAGCGUGUGCAAGCGAUGGGGGAUCGCCUUGACGCCGUUCGUUUUCACCCCUGUAGUCGGGCUCCCCGCAGCCGCCUCACAGCCAUUCAUCCUGUCGCCUAUCAUCUUCUCGCCCUUGAUCUUGUCCCCGAGCGUCUUCGGGGCGUCAGUGCUCUCGCCGUUUAUCUUCACACCGUUGAUCUUGUCGCCGAAAGCUUUGGGGCCGAUCAUUCUCUCGCCCGCCCUGUUCGACCCGUUGAUCAUCUCCCCAUUGGUGUUGUCGCCGAUUAGUAAGGUAGGAAAGCUCCUCAAUAAAGUAUCACAUCUCAUCAAGUUGGCCAAGAAUAAGCCGGUCAAGGACCGAAGUUGGGAAGAAACUGUGGCCGAGAUCAAGGAGAUCGGCGCAAGACUGAAGGCCAAACAAGGAAAGAGAGAAAAGCUCAACAAACAACUGAACUACCUGCACGACGUCAUCAGUCAGAUGCAGAGUGAUGUUGUACGUCCACUGGAGACCAUGGGACUUCUUGAAGAAGGUCAAGCAUCAGAGCUGAUGCGGUUUCCGACAUCGAAUUUUGCCAAGUCCCCAGAUGACAUCCCGGCUCCGGGAAAUGGCAACGACAAGACCGAGGGGUCUGAAUUCUUGGCUUCACCCGUCAAGCUAGUCCGGAGAGGAAUUAAACUUGCCAUGACGCUGGCCGGAAGGGACACCCGGAACUUUGAACACCAGAACCUGAAGCUAUUCUCCCCGAAGUUGUUCGAGUUAUCGCCAGAUCAUGACAAAGAAGAGGCAGUCGAAAAGCUAGAAGACACCGAGCUGAGCGCACGGCUCGAUUCUCGAGUCCUAGGUGAUCCAACUAUGACCGAAAAAUUUCGCGACGGCAAGGAGAAGCCGGUAGAAGCGCCAGAAGAGGACGGUCUAGAGGAAAUCCUGGCAAAGGGGCUUGACCUUGACAGUAUGAUCGAGGCAGUAGACGACCAAAAAGUCUUCCGAUUACCUGGAGAAAACGGGACCGAGAUCCAGAUGGAAGACUUCUCCGCCAACGGGCGAACGAUUUUGACAAAAAAUCAACAACGUCUACUUUACGGUCCCGGCAGUCCAUACAAAAAUGAGCAAGCACUGGAAGCGAUGAGCAAGAUGGGGCGGGAGGAGAUGAAGCAGCUAGUCGAACGUACAGUUCGAGAUCUGGCGGUAGAUGGCCGAAAAAUGGUAUUACGUGACGGGCUGAUGAGCAUCGAGACGGGGCAGUUCGAAAAUUCCGCUACAGUACUCUCGCCGUUCAUCUUCACCCCGUUCAUCGUCUCGCCGAAAAUCCUGGGACCAGUGAUAUUGUCACCAUCCGUUUUCACCCCGAUCAUCCUCUCGCCGCUGGUGAUGAACCCGAUUGUCCUAACGGCUGGAUGUGGACUGCCGAUCAUCCUGUCCCCCUUCGUGAUGACGCCCUUCAUCUUGUCGCCCCAGGUGAUGACGCCCGUAAUUCUCUCGCCCAUCUGUCUCUCUCCUAUCAUCGGAACACCAAUGUCACUGACCCCACUUAUCCUAUCCCCCUUUGUUCUCUCGCCCAUCAUCCUGUCCCCUUCCUACGUCGGUGGUCUCGUCCUCUCCCCAUCAGCCCUCUCGCCGGGUAUCCUCUCCAACGGAGCCAUCUUCACCUCGGUGCUCUCCCCUUCUGUACUCAGC